AUGGGCCGUCCUACGGAUGCCCGUCAGCAGUCCGGUUCGAAUAGGCAAAGUGUCGUCGCUAAGCAGGAUCCGUAUAGACAGAAUCUCGCUAAACAGCAUAGACACAAGUCACAGCCCUUCGAUCCCGAUGACUUGCGUCGACGGUUAUACAUUGUUAUCGCGGAACAAGAGGCGGCGAAAGAGAAGAGGAAAAGAAGGGAAAGGCUAGCAGAAGCGGGAUCGGCAUCGACGCAGAGCAAGGAUAACGACACGCCUAUAAGCCGACCGGCAUCGACGAAGCCGGGGCCUAACGAGUCGAGUUUCACGGCAAGGGUAACGAGACGCAAGUCCAUGGCGUCGGACCCGGCUCCGCCUCCGAAGGAAAGCGGCACCCAGCCACCAGAACCGAAAACCGGACGCUCGAUGUCCAAGUCCAUCCAAGACAAGCUACGACGGAAAUCCAUCAUGAAAGCGGAACAGCAGCCAUCGACUUCGACAGUAGAAAACACAGCACCAGCGCAAACGCAAACGCAAACGCAAACCCAAGCAUCGGUACCGACUUACCACCAUGUCCCCCGGUCCGCAGCCGCGCAGUUCGAAAGGACGACAACGGCGAACAGCAUGCGCGAGCGAAACCUCGCGCACAGCAUCUCGCAAGCGUGCCUCAAACACAAGGACCGCGCCUCGCCCGACCCGACACAGCAGCAGCAACAUCAGCAGCAACAGCAGAGCCGGGCCGCCGCCCUAGAGCGGGCGCCCAGUAACAGUCACAUCAACCGCGAGAAACCGCACUUCCAGAACCCGUUCCAGAACGGGCGUCCCGCGUCCUCGUCCUCACGCUCGGAACAACAGCAACUAGAAGAAGUGGCGCCGCAUUUCCGACGCCACAGCGUGAUCGGUCUGACGCAGGUCAAGGCGCGGCGGCGGAGCAGCGCGAUCGGGAACAUCGCCGAGGACGAGACGAUGCAGACGUUUACGGUGGGCAUGGGGAUGGGAAUGCACCCGGCGCCGGCGGAGAUGCCGGUCGACGAGAUAUCGUCGGAGGAGACGCUGGCGGGGGUUCCGGUUGAUGCGGCGACGGCGGCGGAGCACCGCGUCGAUUGGACGCAGAGCGACGAAGCGCAGGCGGCGCAGGCGGCGGCGUACGGGAAGACGCGCGCGAUGUCGUCCCGGAUCCCGCUUUUGAAGAAGGCGGAUUCGCUGUGGACUUUGAAGGGUAGGUUGGGUGGUGGUGGUGGUGGUGGUGGGGGGAGGAAUAAUUCGAUUGCCACGACUGGGACUGGGGCUGGGACUGGUGGUAAGGGUGUGCAGAGCGGGCUUGAUAAGAUGGGAGGAGUAUUCCGGGGGGAGAAGGGACAGCAGCAGCACCAGCAGCACCAGGAAGAAGGGGGUUUUGCGUCGACGACGCCUAAGUUCUUGAGAUUUGGGUUCUUGACUAAGUUUAAGCGGUAG